AUGUUGGGCUGCGGGCGGGCUGCUGCAGCUAGGGCGGUCGGGAGCGGGUGGUGGGUGCGCUGUUUGCGCGGUCGCUGCCGCCUCCUUCUGCCCAUGGCGAAAAGCAAGUUCGAGUAUGUGCGGGACUUCGAGGCGGACGAUACCUGUCUGCCCAACUGCUGGAUAGUGGUGCGGCUGGACGGCCGCAACUUCCACAGGUUUUCUGAGCAGCAUGAGUUCAAAAAGCCAAAUGAUGACCGUGCUCUUCAUCUGAUGACCAAGUGUGCCCAGACAGUGAUGGAAGAACUGGAAGAUAUUGCUAUUGCUUAUGGACAGAGUGAUGAAUACAGUUUUGUCUUCAAAAAGAAGAGUAGAUGGUUUAAAAGAAGAGCAAGCAAGUUCAUGACUCAUGUGGUCUCCCAGUUUGCCUCAAGCUACGUUUUCUAUUGGAAGGAUUACUUCAAGGACCAGCAACUUCUGUACCCACCAGGAUUUGAUGCCCGAAUUGUGUUGUAUCCCAGCAACCAGAAUUUAAAGGACUACCUCAGCUGGAGACAAGCAGAUUGCCAUAUUAAUAACCUUUAUAAUACAGUGUUUUGGAUGCUUGUACAGCGAAGUGGUUUGACACCAGUGCAAGCACAGGAUAGACUGCAGGGGACUUUGGCUGGAGAUAAGAAUGAAAUACUCUUCUCUGAAUUCAACAUCAACUACAACAAUGAACCUCUGAUGUACAGAAAAGGAACUGUCUUAGUAUGGCAAAAGGUUAAUGAAGUCAUGACUAAGAAAAUGAAACUGCCAAAGGAAGCAGAAGAAAAGGAAGUUGAAGUGACUCGGACGAGGACUAAAGUUGUUGCCCUGCACUGUGACAUUAUUGGGGACCAGUUCUGGGAGGAAUACCCUGAGAUUCUGGAUGAGGAUAGUUGAUAUCUCUAAGUAUGCUGUCUGACAGACAAGGAUAUGGCCGGAUGGAAAACUAGAAUCAUAGUAGAUUUUGAAUGUUGAGGAAUCAUAAUUGAAGACUGCUCCAUUAUUGAACAUGCGUAUUUGUAGAAAAAGGGUACGGAAAUGCCCUGCAUUUCUAUAGCUUUUACAUGAAGUAUUUUACUGAACUGCCAGACUAUAAAAAGGUUUGUGUAUUUGAACAGUUCAAAGAAGAGAAAAUAAUGCAUUUGAUUUGGGUUUUUUUGUGAUCAGUGUGGUGAGCCCUGGGGAGCCAGGGCACGCCAGGUUGCCUAAGGAGAGGCUGACUGUCACAGUUUAAGCCCAGCCAGUAACUCAGAACCACACAACCACUUUCUAGCCCUCCUCUUUUCCUUCUGUCCGGCCCCCCACCGUUCUUCCUCCUCGUGCUCCUGGAGGGAUGUGGAGAAUUGGAAGAAUGUAACUCCCAUGAGCUGAGGUAAGAACAGUGCAGUAAAUGAAGGUAUAACAGAAAACUUCUGUUGCUACCACCAAUAAUAAAAAUUAUAAAGGAAAUAACAAGGUGAGACAAUACACUUGUUCACCAUACGCGGACUGCUACCCAGCCCAACAUGAGCAGUGAUCUGGGCCUGCUGGAUACCUCCCUCCAGUUUAUAUCCUGGGAAUGAUGUGCCUGUGGUAUGGAAUACCUCUUUGCCUGGUUUGGGUCAGAAGUCCAGUCUCUGCUUCCCAGCAUCCCAUGUCUCUCCUCACUGGCAGAGCAUGAGACUGAAAAUGUCCCUUGAUAGGAGUAAACGUUACUUUAACACACCUGUGUCUUCACUUGUUAUCAGCAUUGUUCUCAGGCUGGAGUCAAAAUCGCAGCACUGCACUAGCUACUAAGCAGGAGACACAUGAUUGCUACAGCUGAACCCAGGACAGUCAUUCACUUCCAACCCUCUGCCACACACUAGGGACACCUUCCACUUGAGCAACUUUGUCUAAGUCCCAUCUAACCUGGCCUUGAACACUGCCAGGGAUGGGGCAGAAUACUUCAACUGGCAUUUAGUAUUGAAUUUCAAGGCUCCUGUGUUUAAUCAGAUCAGUGCUAAGCUGUUUGACUGCUCAUGUCUCUGAUCCUCAUACAAAGGGAUUAGCCCAGCAGUUUUCUAUGAUUUUCAAAGCUUUUGUCAAAGGUACAGGUUUUUUAUACUUUUGAAAAAUAAAAGUAAUAUCUUCCCU